AUGGGGACUAUGCAAGAAACGGGGAAAAAGACAUUAGAAGGAGGGGCUGAGGAGAAGGCAGGAGCCCCAGAGCCAGGAGCAGCCCUGAGACUUGGAGAGCUGGAGCUGAAGGAAGAAUGGCAAGAUGAAGAGUUUCCUAGAUUGCUUCCUGAGGAUCCUGGUCCGUCUGGAGAUCCUGAAGACCCUCAGAGAGAUGCACAGGCAGGUACCCCCAGCACUCUGGCCCUGUGUGGCCAGCGCCCUAUGCGGAAGCGUCUUUCUGCCCCAGAACUGCAGCUGAGCCUGACUCCGGGAACAGGAGACAAUGGAGCCUCCCCCACCCACUCUGCGUCUUCCUCUUCUAACGGCAGCUUGGACCUGGAGGUGGAUGAGUUGGAGACACCCUCGGACUCUGAGCAGCUGGACAGCGGACAUGAAUUUGAAUGGGAAGAUGAUUUGCCUCGGGCAGAGGGCCUGGGGGCCAGUGAGGCAGCAGAAAGGCUGGGCCGGGGUUGUGUAUGGGAUGUGGCUGGAGAAGAUGGUCAUCGCUGGAGAGUGUUCCGAACAGGACAGCGAGAGCAGCGGGUGGACAUGACCAUCAUUGAGCCCUAUAAGAAAGUGCUGUCUCAUGGAGGUUAUCACGGUGAUGGCCUUAAUGCUGUCAUCCUCUUUGCUUCCUGCUAUCUACCCCGAAGCAGCAUCCCCAACUACACCUAUGUCAUGGAACACCUGUUCAGGUAUAUGGUGGGGACGUUGGAACUGCUGGUAGCUGAAAAUUAUCUGCUUGUUCACUUGAAUGGAGGCACAAGCAGGGCCCAAGUGCCACCUCUCGCCUGGAUACGCCAGUGUUAUCGUACCCUGGAUAGGAGGCUUCGGAAAAACCUUCGAGCCCUGGUGGUCGUUCACGCUACGUGGUAUGUGAAGGCCUUCCUGGCCCUGGUUCGGCCCUUCAUCAGUUCCAAGUUCACACGAAAGAUCCGGUUUCUGGACAGCCUUGGGGAGCUGGCCCAGCUCAUCAGCCUAGAUCAAGUCCACAUACCUGAAGUGGUCAGACAGCUGGACCAGGAUCUCCAUGGCUCGAAGGGUACCUAACACCAAACUGGGCAAAGAUCACAGUCGGUCUGCGCACCAGAG